AUGGUUCAGACGCGAUUCGUUCAGGUUCUCAUGCUCGCAACUUGGGCUGUGGGCCUCACUUCCAAAGCGCUUGCCAACAAUGUGGUCGGUCCCGGAGUGCGACGCAAGGCUUCUAGCCGCCUCAUGAGCGAGCUCCACCUGCGUGGCCGACCUGACAGCCACUCUUCCGCAAACGAAAUUCAUUCUGGUGCCGAGUCGUCAACAUCCGCGUGCGGCGGUGGACUGGUCCCGACACCAAAAUGUAAGUGCUGGGUCCGGGACUUGGGAAGGUUUCAAGCGGUCUGCAGGCUGACCUGACCCACUGGAAUUCGUCGUCGGAGAUCAGUGUACGCUAGAGGCAAAGCAGAGGACAGGGUGCCGUUCAAAUUUGUGACAACUGUCUCACAAGCGUGUAAUCAGCUCGCAGCAGAGAAGAACGUUCUCGUCGCUGCCAUAUUUGGGCCAGCUGAACCGAACGAUCAAAGCAUUGCCAUCGGUUGCGCUGUACAGACUGUAGACAACAGGUGAAGGCCUGGUACCGUCGCUGUGGCAGUAAUAUGAGCACGCGGCUGAACCGGGCUGUGCACCCACAUCCCCACGAAGCUGGAGUGACGUCACAGACAAGGUCAGUCAGUCAGCAGACGUCGAGCCCGGGGCAGAGUAUCGCGUCUGAUCGUCCUAUCUCACUACCAGAUUGCUGCAAGAGUGGGCCUAUCUGGCAUUGGCAAGCCUGUGUGCGACACCAGCUUUGCAGCCGUGCCACAAAGUGAGUUCUCAGACAGUCAACGACGCCGCGGUGCUUCGUCCCCUGACCCUGUGCUUUCGCCCCUAGUCCUGACGGCGAAGCGAAAAACCCACAAGCAGAUGUGGCAAGCAUGGAGUAGUGCCUGCCUGAAAGUCGUGCAAGGAAAGCAUUUGGACCUUCUGCAAAUGCCAGCGCCUCAAUUCAUGGGACGCGGCGACUGGAGGGUCCUGUGCGCAGGCAUCGACAAGUCGAACCAGUAUGUACUUCGGUGAAAGGCUGCACGUCAAAGUUUAUCCUCGCUGAGCUCUUCAAACAUCGGUCGUAUUCCCAAGGCUUGUCGAUCUGACAGUAGAUGUGAGUGGAUCGACCUUAGAUGAGCAAGGCAGCAAACCGCUUCUUACCUUACUUCGAUGACCCUGUCCUAGGCAGGCGGUAUCUUCAAGAUCUGA